AAUAUAAUCUUGAUCCAACAUGGCAGAAGAACAAACGCAACAAAAUCCAACUCUACCGGGACAAGUGGCACCAAGUGCGCCGAGCACGGUUCCAGGGUAUGAGAAUACCGGAGCAGUGCAAGCUGUCUAUACUGCUCCCACAACAAUUAUUAUGGCUCCCGUGUCUCAGACUAUGGAACGUGAAAAUGAUUGGUCUUCGGGAUUAUGUGGAUGCUGCAACGAUCCUAAAUCCUUAUUAUGCGCAAUGUUUUGUCCAUCAUGCUUCGCGUGCAACCUCGCAACAAGGUUUGGUGAUAGCUGGGUGUACGGAUGUUUGUGCUACUAUCAUCUCAUGCAUAGUUCAAGAGUGGCAAUACGUUACAGGCACAAAAUCAGGGGUAAUUUGUGCGACGAUGCUAUCAUGAGUGGUUGUUGUUGCUGUUUGAGCCUUCUACAAGUCUAUCGUGAAAUGGACCACCGUGGCGAACCUUCUGGUACCUGCUUUGCGAUUUAGAAGCAUCAGUUUUAUAUU